AUGGUGGGGGAGGAGGGUGGUGGUGGUGAUGAUGGUGGUGGUGGUCUCGUCGGGUGGCAAGGGUGGGGGGGUGGUGACGGUAGUAGUGGUGGUGGCCAUAGUGGUAGAGGAGUGGGGUGGUGGUGUGGUGGUAGUCGUGGCGGCAGGGGCGAUGGUGGUGGUGUGAUGGUGGCGAUAGCGUCGUCGUCGUGGCAGGGGAACGGUGGUGGUGAUUGUGGUCUUGAUAGUGACUCUCACUCACUGGCGGCAAGAAGUGACGAUGGUGCGACGGCCGACGCCUGUGGCUCUCCUUGUCACGUUUCUUCAUCACUGGAUUCGCAAACCAUCGCCACCCCCACCGCAUCCGCAAGCUGCCACGCAGAUUGGUUUGUGUGGAUGCCAACUGUACGGGAGCGAUUUGUUGUGGGUUUUUGGGUGACUCAUGGUUGCGGAGGUGUGGUUAUAGUGGGCGGCGGCGGUUAUGGGGAUAUCUUUGUGCAGUGGACUAGCUUUAGCUUCAAGGAGAGCAAUUCUCUUCUUGUUGGUGAAGCAAGACAUAGUGAAAAUGGUGCGCUGAAGGAAACGCCCUUUAUAAAAAAUUAA